AUGGCCUGCUGGACCGGAUACCCUGUUCAGCCAGAUGUGGCAGAUGUUGAUUACGGCUCAACCAAAAAGCAGAGAGGAAAGCUGCUCUACUCUCUGGAAUAUGAUGGGCCUCUGUCUGAGCUCAAACUGGGGAUCAAACAAGCCAGCAGCCUGAUGGCCAUGGACCUCGGAGGAACCUCAGACCCAUAUGUCAGAGUCUACAUCGUCCCCGAAAAGAGCAAAACCUAUGAGACCAAAGUGUUCAGGAGCACGCUGAACCCUGUCUUCAAUGAGCAGUUCACCUUCCAGCUACCAAAGUCUACCCUGAUGAAGUCGACAGCUGUGAUGAAAGUGUUUGACUUUAACCGGUUUUCCAAACAUGAAAUCAUCGGCGAGAUCCGGGUGCAGCUCUGCAAUGUUGAUUGGAAUCACAUCAUCGAGGAGUGGCAGGAGCUGGAAGAACCCGCCAAAUUUGAGGAAGAAAAUCUAGGAGAGAUCUGCUUCUCCCUGCGCUAUGUUCCCUCCGCCAGCAAGCUGACUGUGGUAAUCCUGGAGGCCAAAAACCUGAAGAGCAUGGACGUUGGAGGAACCUCAGAUCCUUAUGUGAAGAUGCAGCUAGCUCUGGACAAAAGGAAGUGGAAGAAAAAGAAGACGUCUAUCAAAAAGAAGACGCUGAACCCUUAUUUCAACGAAUCGUUCGUCUUUGACGUGUCGCUGGAUCAAAUCCAGGUGAGUGUCAUGACAUCCUGGCUGAAGCAGAUCUUUAACAAUAUUUGA